GAUUCUCAAGCCAACCGGAAUCCUCCGGAAACUUUACUCCACUUUUCUUCAGCUCUCUACGACUCUCUUCUCCCUCUUCAAAAACUUCAAUUCAUACCAAAAAGCCAUUCAGCAAAUCGCAAACGAACAAGUUAUCAGAGACAAAAAAUAAUGUUCCUCUUCUUCGUAGGAGGGCUAGAGCAGCAGGCGAGACAGGUAUUGAAGAGCGGAGUAGGGAGGUGUAUAGCAUGCGGAUCACGUGCUGACCUCGUCGACUACGAGAAGGUUCUGAAGCUCUUCUUUGUUCCGGUUUGGAGAUGGCCAGGGAAAGAGCCGGUGAUGUACUGCAACCACUGCAAUCUUUUCUUCCCUCAAUCUCUAACUCCUCCGUCGCGACCACCGUCGUCCAUGGCCGAUGUCCCGGAAGUUCUUAGGUGUCAGUUCUGUCGCCGGGAAGUGGAUGGCGAAUUCCGAUUCUGCCCCUUCUGUGGUAAUGCACUGUGAAUUUCUGAUAUAUAACAGGCGCUUCAGGGUUUUUAAUUCGUAUAAAUGUUUGUAAUUAUCUUCUUUCUUUCAAUAAGUGUGAGUUUGAGGAAUAAAUUUGGUUGUUCUGUUUUGAUAGUGUAUUAUACUAUAUGAGUAAUUAAUCAUCUAUUGUUAGGAAAUUUAUAAAGUACAUACUGUAGAAAUGACGACUGGAUUAUUGCAUACCAAUAUAGAUGUGUAAUUACUUAAACCAAUUAAUUAGUGCCCAUUUUGAUGGCUCUAAAACUGUAGAGCACUUUAAACAUGGCAGUAUUGAAAUUUGAAAGUGUUCCCUGGAAAUAAAUUAAUCAAUUAUAAUUAGAAGAAAAAAAAUAUAACUUGAGAAGCAUUUAGCUACCAGGACCAACAAUUCCUAAUAUAUAAGUGAAGGGGAAUUGUUGGUCUAUUUCUAAGGGGACAGCAGUCAUAUUGAAUGCAGAUUAAUUCAAUACUCAUCAUAAUCAUAUUGUUGAUCAUAGUCAUAUCCUC